GGUUUGUCAGAGUCCUUCUUCGCAGAACUAUUGGAUUUGGCAGUCGCCGAUCAAAUUCGCCGACUCAAGACCCGAAAAAGGUGGAAAGCUUUACCCACUUAUCCUCACAAAAUGUUUGUUGAAAUUCCAGGUUUAGGUUUUGAAGGAGAAAAGGGAGUGAAAGGUCGUCGCCUUACUCGCACUAAUUCUCGGAUCGUGGCUCGAAUUGAUCCCUCAAUUGAACCAUGUGCUGAAUCCAUACCGAGUAGACCCGCAGAUCCUGACGAGGCGCGGCCUUGUAAACGUCAGAAGAUGACUUUGAGGCGACGCGUCACCUCGUCGAUUCCUAACGCAGAACCACUCGGUGACGUGCCCAUUAUUGGGGGAGAAGGUCACGAUGAAGACUCAAUGAGGUACAAUUCUCCUUCUCCCGACUUAGACUUUUUUGGAGGGUCAUGCUUCGCGCCACCAAUAGAUGAGGCCGUGAAUCAGGAUCUAACAGGUAUCGAAACAGAUACGACACCUGGAGCUGGUGAAGGUAUCGUCGUGGGAUCUGAUUCGCCCAUGGUGGUUGCUAACCCAGGUACAUCUAUUAUCGGUAGUACGACUUUUAGAUGGCAAUCUCGGGUAUUAAACGAUUCAGAGCUCGUCUCUCCUCUAAUUGCUUAUAUGCUUCUGGCUCUUUUAGAAAAGUUACAAGAGGCGAUCAUUGACGUUGGGGUUGAAGAGCAGGCUGUCAUUACUGAAGAUGUUUCAAUGGAAGGCUCGAAUGAUACAAACACCUUUCAUCAUGUAGCCGAUGCACCUCCGUCUGAUCCCAUACGGGAUCCUUCGGGUUCUGAGGACAGGCUACUUGAUGAAAUGCUGUUAGAGCAAACUCGUCGAGAUGCCACCGAACCAGUCAUCGAAGCUGUUGAACCGAUUAUUGGAGCUGGUUCUUCUGUGGGAACUAUAAUAGAAACUCAGUCGUCAGUGGCCCAAACUCAGCACACGACCCUGGCAACCGAGGUGACUACUGCAGCUGCGGGGAUCUACCCAGCUGAACAAAUCGCAAGACCAACUAAAGAAGUCGGUACAUCUGCGACUAUUACAUCCGCAAUAACUUCGACAACUCAUACAAGCGUGCAAGGGGUGUCGAACGCAGAGUGUCAAACUAGAGAACCUUCAGUAGUUAUUGGACUCUCAACUCAGCUUUAUGAUCUCGUCACGACGUUACUAUCUAAUAACGACCCAGAUAAAAUUCUCCUUCUCAUGGAAAUUCGCUCUUUCUUCUCGUUCGUGAACGAGAUGGUUGACAAUCUCCUCCGCAACGGGCUUUCUAUUAGUCUCUUCAGGUCAUAUCUCGACAAACAAGUGACUCUUCUAAGGAGUCAAGGGUAUUCAGACUUGGCGGACAUUAUUACUGCAGACUUGGUUUGCCUUGAGUGCGAACUUGCAAAGCUGAAGGGAUUUCAGGCAGCCGGAGUUUCUUCAUAUGUAGACGCUCAGAUGGAAGCCAAGUUACAAGCAUGGCUCGAAGCUCAAAUAUCCGUCGAUUCUAAGAUUCGGGAAGCGGAGGCUCUUGUUCACCAAAUGGAAGCGGCUUAUGCUGGCAGAUCAACAACUCUUUACAAUAUUGAUUCCUCUCUUGCGUCAGGUGAUGCCACUAUAGCACGACUCGAGCAAGAGUUAAAAGCAGCUAAGGAUGCUCAAGCUGCUUUGAAGAUAACGAGGGUGCAUGCGGAGCGCGCUCGAGAGGAGACGUCUGGACAGCUGACACUCACUAAGGAGAAGUUGGCUACGGCGAAAGCGGAGGCCGUGAAGGUAUUGGCUGCUGAUGAAGACUCUAUGAAGAUCACGAUACGGAGUGAACUUGAGCAAGCUUAUACUGUGGAAUUAUCUAAGUUAGAGCAGCAAGUUCUUAGCCAUAAGCUUCAUGUAGAUUAACUACGACUUUUGUACCUGCAAACUCAAAAUUUUUAGUAAUAGAGGAUAUAUAUAUAUAUUUUUCGUUUAUUAUGCCCCUUUUUUUUAUAUCAUGAUGUCUUAUUCUGUUUGGAAUAAUCAAUCAUAAUACUUAUAGGAUUUUUGGCAAAUCCUCAGCCUUCAACGGAUUUGAUGAGCCUUU